UUAAAAAGUACAAAAAUUAUAUGUUGGUGAUUUAAUGUACUACUAGUGAAUUAGUUUAAUUAAAAAAAUAUUAGUUAACUGAUUGAUUGAUGCGAUGGAGUCGCAGCCACUGAUCGAGACUUCGUCGCAAAAUAGCCAAGACAUGGUUUUACCAAAGCCUGCAACGAGUAUUCCGAGACAUAGCAUCGAUUAUAUUUUGAAACGAGCCGGACAAAAAAGGACUCAUCAAGAGAGUGAAGAAAUUUCACUAACAUCGAGGGACACACAAGAAAGCACUGGAGAAAACAGUUGUAAUUCGACGGGCGGUGGAAGUGAUGAAGAACUUGGAACUGGAUGUGAUGAUGCUAAUGGUACAAAUAGUAAAAAGAAACAUCGACGUAAUCGAACGACUUUUACAACUUACCAGUUACACGAACUUGAACGAGCUUUUGAAAAGUCACACUAUCCUGAUGUUUAUUCUCGAGAAGAACUUGCGAUGAAAGUUAGCUUACCAGAAGUUAGAGUUCAGGUAUGGUUUCAAAAUAGAAGAGCCAAGUGGCGUAGACAAGAAAAAAUGGAAGCUGCGAGGCUUGGUAUUACCGACUAUCACCAUCCAUCUGGCAUGCGAAAUGUUGGAGGUUCAGCGUUAGGCCUACCUGGAGAUCCAUGGCUUACACCACCUGGACUACUGACAGCACUUCCUGGAUUUUUAGCAGCACCACACACAGGUUACCCAAGCUAUCUAACGUCUCCGAGACGACUACCAUCACCUCCAAAUGUAUCAGCAAUUGGAAACGCUGUUCCAAGUACAAUGAACGGGGGAAUCCCCGGAAUUAAUACAGUUGGGCAUACACAGCCGUCACCAAGUCCACCAGGUCACGAUCCAAGAACAUCUAGCAUUCAGGCCUUAAGGAUGAGAGCUAAAGAACAUGUUGAGAGUAUCACUAAAAGUUUACAAAUGGCAGGAUGAAAUUACUAUGCUGUUUAUAAUAAAAUACAAGACCAUGUACCUCCAGAUAAAACAAAAGGAUGUCUUUAGAUUAUAUAUUAAUCACCGUAUAUAAAAGUGUCAAAAUAAAGUUAUCUUAUCGUCGCUGUGAACAAAAAUCCCGAAUGAGAGUUGCAAAGAUGUGCAAUAUAUAUAAAAGCGACAAUUACUUAAAACAAAAGACUACUAAAUUUUUUUUAAGCUUCCCGCUUUGAAAAUCAACAAUUUUUGGGAGUUAUUUUUUAAGGAAAUAAUAUCUUUGUAAAGACACAAGUGAGAUUGAAAAAAGACAUUGAGUGAUUUAUAAAAAAAAAUUUUUU